CUCGAAGAGAAUGAUGACAGAGGAUGGAGAACGAGGCUUGUGCACUGACAGACAAGAAGUAAAGAGACGACGAGGUGCAUGAGGCCUUCAGGUCCAACUAGGAGAACUCAUGGAGCCACACAUCCUGUCCCUGUACUCUUCCGCCCCUCCUCCACUGGAUGAUGAUGGUGAUGAGGCCGGAUCAGAGGAGGACAAGUUUAGGGACUUUAGAGAAUUCUCUGUAGGGGAAUCCUGCGCUUCCUCUGGCUUUGAUGAUUCUACUACUCCACCUCCAAGGCUCAGAUAUUCUUCGCCUGAAGUAAAGCUAGCCAGCCACCAACCAAGCUGCAGUUCUAAUCAUCCUGUGGACGAAUAUACCCCCACAUCUACUGUGAUUUCAGGGUCUGGCAUGGAUGUGGAAAAGCAGGGUUGUGAUGCUGAAUCACAUGUGCACCUCACAAAUGGGUAUUCUGAAAGAGACUUUAACUCAGCUGUCUCUGCAGGGGAUGCAAGCUCUCCCUGUGAGGAAACUGGGUUUGCUGAUUUUACUGUGUUUACAGAGCAGGCUGCAAAUCCCUGGUGCUGUGGCUUCACUCCCUUAGUCGGCAUGGAAGAGAAAACCUUUUCCAACAGUUUAGGUAAACAAAUCUGUGAUCCAGAACAGGAGAUUAUUAUGGAAUCAGAGCCCAGAUCUUAUUGCAAAUUGAAGGCAAAAGAAAAUGUUUGCACUAUCAAGCACUGUGAGAAAAGAGAUGCAGCACUCAUGCAACCAUCUCAGGACCAACAACAGCCUCAGGAAGCUGCUGCAGCAGCUUUGGAUUUUCCAUCUGAACCACCUCAUUCUGGAGAGAAGGACUUAGGCCAUCCUGAAGACAUUAGGGAUAGUUUAGAUUACUUAUCAACCACUGGGAUGCAGGAGGAUGGAGAGCCAGAUGAAGGCAGAGAAGAUCAAGAAAAGAGUUUUUCCAUUCUCUCCCAAACAUUCAGCAUGUGUGGGUCUGUUUCAGACGCGUCCUUCUGUGAUGAUUUUUCAUUCGAGUGUCCCUCUGCUGACUUGGAGCCAAAUGUUUCAUCUCUUGGUUCACCAGAUGAUCAGACUGACUGGGACCAGACUGAUGAUGAGGAGGAACUGGAAAACUUUCAGUUAGACUCUCUCAGUAACAACACUGCUAAUCCCAUGGAUCCUAACACAGGAAAGGGUUCUCAAUAUUUAGACCAAUCUGCCCCUCAGGAAACUUCUGCUACCUCACAAUCUGAAUCACACACAGAAGACAAAUUUGCAGACUUUAAAGACAGCGGGUUUGCGCCCCACAGGAAACAAGGACAUGUCCAAACAGCUGAUGCAGGGGUGCAGCUUCUGGGAAACCUCCCACCCAGUGACAGCUUUGCAGAUUUCUGCUCAGCACCCACACGGGAGAGUUGGGAGGAGUCGUGGGCAGACUUUAAAGACCUGGGAGCUCAAGAGGAGUGUAAAACUUGGACUCAGUCCCAAGAGCAAGUCAGUAGCCUGAAGAGGGAUUGGGACACAGAGGAAGAGCAGGACAGGGAGGGACAGUGUGUGGAAACCAAGAGGAACAGCUAUCAGACAUUACUGUCCGGCCGUGUCCAGCAGCUUUUCCUUACCAGUUUUCCAGAGGUGGAGGUCCCAGCUGUAGAAGAUGACGAGGUGCUUAGCCUUGCUGCUCAGCUCCAUAAAUGGCAACCCCCUGUGAACGAGGAGGAGGAUACUGCAAAACUCUGUCCAACAUCUCAGUGGAUUCAGCUUGGCAUACGGUGGCCAUAUCAGGAUGUCCACAGUGCAGUUGGUCUCAAGUUUCAGUGGGGAGGUUCCCACACAAACAGGGCUCUGCUCAGGUGCCUUGAUGUGGACACAAGAAACAUUGUAUUCAUUGGUAUGAAGAAGCAGCCAGUGACAGUUCCUGCUUUUGCAUCCAGCCUGGGAAUGCUGGAGCCAACCAAAGAUUCUGCGCCAGCCGACUAUUCUCCAGGACAUGCGGUCAUGUCACAGGCAUUUCUGGAGCCACAGGUCACAUCAGCACCCUUAACAGAUUCACUACAGGAGGCUCUUCCCUCUAGCCAGCUGGACUGGAGCCGCAGUGGCCUUACCAGUUCUCAGGACGACUGCUCUGCUCUCAACCUGGAUUAUUUUGGUCCUGAGGAGGAGAGUGCAUCCUUCAACAGCAGCGACAACAUCCGUAGCAACAGCCCUCCUCCAGGAGUUGACCGUGAGCUGUAUGAGCUGACCAUCAGCAAACUGGAAACCAGCAAUACCAGUAGCCACAUGGAGGACACUUUGAAUCGUCUGAUGUCCACUGCAGAGAAGACAACUACUUCAAUCAGGAAACCACAGCAGGAUAAAGAACUGAGUGUGGAGGCCAGUAGGGUGAUCUCUGGACUGCCUAACCUGUCUUUCAUGCGGGCUAGGGUUCUCAUGUUCCCAGCUGUCCUUGUACCCAAAGAGUCCUGCCCCCCUAAUUUAUAGUGAUGUGUGAUGUUUGCACUUAAUGAUAUUGAAACUGGACUUGAACACUCCACAGGUGUGAAAAUAAGGCAUUGUGGACCUAAAAAUAAUUGAUCUUUCUUAUAUGGUCAAAAUACUCCACCUGUUGGUCAAGAUCAGCUUUAAAAAUUAGCUCUUUGUAGCUUUUUAAUGCUUAAAUACACUCCAGUGUACAUCAGUCCUCUAAUUGCAAAAUUGUUUUGCACUUUUACUCUGAUGUUAAAACAUCUUUAUGGCCAUUGCAGAAAUGUUGUUGAUAUUACUGCAGAUUUUUUUGGUUUAAAUGGCCAAUACACACAUUAGAUAAUCUUAAGGCUGCAGACUCCCAGCCUUGAGCUAUGUUUGACCAUUAUUGUUUUUAUAAAACAUAUACACAUUAUUAUGAGC